UAAUGUGCAAUAUAUGUUGAUUUAUUUAUCAAAUAAACCUUGGAUUAAGCUUCAAUCAAUCAAUCAAUCAAUCAAAUCAAUCAAAUUUUAUUUAUAUAGCGCCAAUUCACAACAGUCGUCAUCCCAAGACACAAGAGCAGGUCUGGACCAUUCUCAUUGUUUGAUGAAUUAUCAAUAACCAACCUAAAAUGGGUUUUGGCCCAUCUAAUCUAACAUGAGUAACAGUGGCAAGAAAAAACUUCCUUUUAACAGGCAGAAACCUUGAGUAGGACCAGAUUCAUGCCAGACAGCCACCAGAGAGAGAGAGAGAGAGAGAGAGAGAGAGAGAGAGAGAGAGAGAGAGAGAGAGAGAGAGAGAACAAGAUAUACAAAAUGAAUUCAGUUUACAGGGUUAGGACAUAAGUAAUUAUGGACUAUGUUAAAUUAAUUUAGUGUGAUUACAGUCAGCAGCCCUAAUAGUAGUUAACUCUAGUUUUAUGUUAUGAAUGUCAGUGAGGUUGAUGUUCAAUCGUGGAGUUUUUGUUGUUUCUGUUGUUUAUACGUUUUAAUCUUUCUAUGUUCUUUUUAUUUCGCUGAAAGUGUCCAGCGUGGGUGACUUUCAGCAAUUCUGGACUUCUGAUAAACACAACCACAGAAACGAGAGAGGAAGUGAUCUCAGCACGAGUUAAAUGAGGCAUUUGAAGUUUGACGGAAGCGACGGAAAUUGUAUGUAUCGUAUACAAACAAAGCAGACAUUGGUAUUUUAGCCUACAGGAGGUGCUGAUUUGGAACCUUGAAUCCAGAUGAAGAGAGGCGCAUCAGCGAGAGAAACACAAAAGUUAGCAUCACUUUAAAUAUUCAGUGAAAAUCAUUAUGUAAGCGUAUUCCCUCAUCGCUGUCAUGGCUUUUUUGAGCAGUGACAAUACGUAUAACACUAAAUAUCAAAAGCAAAUAUAUUUUGCUGAAUUUGUAUUUCAAGGUAAAAUAUGAAUAAAAAAUAGAUAAAAGUUUAUUAUAUCUCUGUUAAAACAGCCUCCUGUUAGCUGUAAAAACUCCUUUGUGCUCACGAGUUAACGCAACGACAGCCCCAAGAGUUUUCGACACUGAAAAAAACGAGCUGCCGUGAACGCAUCAUAUUUUUCUUCUGUAAAUGAUAUAUCGACUGCGAGAGCCUAAGGAAGUGUAAUGUGUCAAUGUACAGCUAUUUUCUCUACACUUUCUCUCAAACUUGUUUUCUGAAUUAUGGCGCUAUAGAAAGCUUUUCAGCAAUGAUCUGGGAACACCUCAACGCGACUCGACGACUCGGAAAUUCAGCGGGCUGUACGAGUGAGGUAAGGUUAGCAUGCAUGCUAACGGAGCUAGCUCAUAGCUAUUGUACAGUCCACAAACUCCCUCAAAUACCAUGAUUUGAUAGACUCCUUCACCAACACAGGAGUGGUUUGUUAGAGGUCUAGCUUCUAAGACCGAAAGUUAGACUUUAAACCACAGGGAAAUGAGUAGUUGUGAGUGUUGAACGGUAACGAAAGUAACGUUGAUCAUCAACAAGUGGUCUUGUGUUUUGCUGUGUGGGUGCUGUCUGCUUCUGGCUCUCUAAACCAGUCCCUCCAGUCAGGGCGCAUAGGAACUUACCCAUGUUAUAUGACCGAUCAGACCCUGCCAUGGUUACCUCAGUGAUAAGGUUUGCUGCUCAUGUGGUAUGUUACAUAACGAUCAUCUGUUAUCUUUUUCUCUGGCAGCAGUUUUGACGCUGUCCUAUUUUUACUCCGACAUCAGCGCUUUAAAAUGACAGUUUGGGACAGAUUGUGAGUGGGGGAGUGUGUCUCCAUACCAGCAGAUCUGGAUGACUCUGGACAGAUUUACCCGUAUCUAUAAGAAGCUUACACGAUGAGACACUCAGACACACUCUCUCACACACACACUUGUUGACAGAUACUGACGUGGAGAGCACAACCCACUAUCAGCCUGUAGCACUGCAGGACAAAAUCACAACAUUCACUGUGAUUUUUUUUUAUGGUACAAUCCCAGAUGUCUGAUCUGAUCGAUACCUGGUCCUCUUUGACCCUUGUGAGUGUGCUACUCCACUAAAACAGCCACAACUGUAGUAUGUGUGUGACCAGGUUUUUAUACACAAACUGAAAAUUGCAUGUCACAAAAGUCAUUUCAACUCAAUAUUUAGUUGGAAAUAGUGCAAAUGAAAUUUUGAUCUCUUACAUAUUUGGGAACACACCAUUUAUGCUGAAUAAUGUAAAUAGGUUUUGAAUCAACGUGCUGCAAUGAAUGCUGAAGUGGCCUUCUUGAAGUCUUGACUUGUCACUAGGGCUGGGUGAUAUGGGAAAAACUUUAUCACAAUAUUUUUUUUCAUAUCGAUAUAUAUCAUGUUCUAAAAAAUGAAAUUUAACAGUGCUUAUUGGUAGCAUGUCUUUUGCAAUACAAUAAGCUACUGCAUCUGUGAGGUCUUUGUGUCUCUUCUGCGUUUUGUCGUAAGGUGUUGCGAUAGAGAAAGCAGACUGAAUGGUCGGCUGUUUCGGCUGCACAGGCGCCAUGGGCUCCUUACUCCGCUUGGGGUUUGUAACCUUGAGCACAUUUUCUUUUUUUCUCACUGAUAGUGCUGUCAGCUUCACGUGUUUAAGUGUUAUGGUUUCAUGUAGCUGCAGCCUGCUACUACGCAGUUGUUUGCUACUUGGUUCUAAUUCAGCACAUGAUUGGUUCAGCGCAAAGCGGACCUGGAGCGCCUCCUCUUUUCUCUGGCUAUUUGUAUAGUCUACCCAAACAUGGCAGAACGCCGGCUAUCGAAAAGGGUAUUGACCAUGUUUUAUAUUGAUAUUGAGGGAAAUUAAUUUUCGAUCGUUAUAUCGUUAUGGUUUAAUCGCCCAGCCCUACUUGUCACCCACUGAAAACAUUUGGCACAUGAUCAUGACCCAUAAAAUAUGUCAGUGGGGACACAAAACUGUUGAAGAACUGAAAACCUACAUCAGGAGGACUCCAGAAACUGUUCUACUUAGUAUCCAAAUGUUUACAGAGUGUUGUGCAAAACAUCAAAUUCUUCUCUGAACAUUUCACACAGCGUCACAACUUUACAGGGUUUUGGGUUGUCCAUGGACAGCUCCUUAAAGUCCAAAAUAAUAAUGAUAAUCAUUGGAAUGUCCCCCUGUGGGACUAAUAAAAAGGAUAUCUUAUCUCGAUACAGUCAAGGAGCAUACUUAAGUAAGUCUAAGUCUUUUUCAACUUGUCAGUCACAUACACUUGUGCUGUAAUACAUGCAAGGAGAUAAUCUUUGGACAAGGUAAAUAAGGUAAAGUUAUGAGCCUGGGUGUGUUGUUUUCUUCCGACAGUGAAAAUGCCUCGUACAGCAUUAGGUGUGAGUCACUUUUCUUGCACCUGCAAACUCAGCAAAUACUGGUGUGCCAAAUUUAGCCGAUGUCUGAAAAAGGAAAUUUGAAAAAUAUGUGCUCCUUCACACCCCUCGAGAAUUUUAAGGUUUCAAGAAAAGCGGAACACUCUUUGUUCAUGGGUUUUAUGGGGAGUAGGUUUCCUCUUUUUCUUCCUCUCUAGACAAUUACAGGCUGUCAGGAUGCUGAGAGACAGCAGGACACUGAGCACAGAAGCUGUUUUGAAAACAAGGGUUUGCCUCUGCUUUCUAUAAGGCAUUGUUCCUCACAGUACAGAUCCUCCCAUCUACAAGCUUUUUUUACCUGCAGGUAGCUCUUCUUUUAGAGAUGAGAGAAACCUGCCAACCUAGAUCCUCCUCUCAGUCUCUGUAAAUACAAUCCUCAGACCCUUUCCCAGCCCCCUAUCAUCCGCUGUUAGUCCCCUCUGUGCCAGUGAGAGCUCAAGAAAGAAACAGGUAGAUAGAGAUGAGGGGAACAGCUGUAAAAGGAAUUAAAGGGAUAUUCCAGCGUAAAUUUAAGUUAUGGUCAAACACACUGUAACACCGAGUUAGACACCCCCUCGAGAGUUGAAUGUUGCUGACUGCUUAUUUCUCUACUUAUACCAACUUUAGUAAUGACCGCACGGUAGCAAUAUACAGCGGUCUAUGUCUCCAUGUGCAAAAGCCACUCUAUAGCCAUAAAUAAUGUUCAGAACAGCACCUAACUUCAUCAACAGUACAUGUAGGGUCCCAGCCAUAGUACCAGCCAUCAAACAUCUUUUUAGCUUUGCCUGAUUUCUUUAGCAAAGAAACCAAACACAACUCACCCACUCUCCUCCAGCAGCCGCUUGUUUGUGGGGGAGCCCUGACAGGUCAAUCACUGAGAGCAUGAAGUAAUAAUCAUCAUAAUAAUCGUUUUGCACUGCAGACGCAGUAGUUCUUCUGUCUUAGCAUCUCGGUUUGAUUGCAUUCCCAUCAAGUAAUUAUCAUAAAUGUUCUUCCUUGAGCUGCGAAACUCCGCUGGUCUUGAUGAUCGACUUGUCAAGGCUCCCCCACAAACAUGUCACUUAAAGUUACGGAAUAUCCCUUUAAAUCUUCAGCACUUCAGAGCAAUAAACUGAAUAAUAUACAGCUGCACAGCCGUUUUUUAUAGCCUGACACUGCGUUUAUGAUCUCUGUUCCAUGGGCACAAUAAUGUUUGUAAAACCUUAUACUUUUUGGGUGUUUUUCUCUCCAUGUCGUGUGUCCUGCCUCUUUCAAUGUUGGAGGCGCCAGAAAAGACUCCCACAAAAGUUGCUCUCACUUGCUCCAUGAUGCCCCUUCACUUCCUUUGCAUACAAAACACCCUUCAAGGUAGCACACGUAAAAUUGAUUUAUGGAUCACAAGCAGAAUGGCUGAGGACAAAGAUGAUGAUGAUAAGAAUCUUGGCAGAGAUAAUAGAAAAGCUCUGCAUGACCCUUGAAAGGUGCAUCCAUCGGCAUAGUGAUGGCAAGAAGUGUUUGUUAAUUGUACUUUGACUUUUUGAGACACUCAAGAAGAAGGCCUCUGUUAAUGUUACUGGCGAAUCCUGGUGUUCAGGUUCUCAUUGCAAUAAGGAGUUACUGAUUUUGAACAAUGGAAUGAGUCUUAAAGUAGCUGAUUUUCUGUAUUUUACUUUUUCUAUCAAGGCAAAUAUAUAUUUUCAUGAAACCAACAGUCUGAAGUCCAUACUAUCAAUGGAUGGGAUUGAAGUUUUGGAUAAACGGUUCAUUAAUUACUGUGUAUCUGUCAGGGCGGUGCAACAUCAUAAGUAUCAAACUAUGUCCAGCUGUGACACAUGUAACACACAUGUGAGAAAUACGUCAGUCCCUUUCAGCACAUGCCUUGAGGUGAGGUCAAGAGAAAACCCCUGCGUACUGGUGUACAUAUACAGGAAAGCUGCUCAGAGGUAUCAGACAAAAUCUUUCUUACAGAUUGUGCAUUUGCUGUGAUGAAUCAGUCACUUUAACUGCAACCGCAAUAAAGGCUGAGAAAUCCAAGAACCUUCGCAGGAAGAAUUCUCAUCGUUAUUUAUUCCAAGUAUUUAAGUAUGACAGUAUUUUAAGUUAUUCAAAGUUUUUUCAUUAACUGUGUUUAUAAUAAUUUUGCAAAUGUGGUUUCAUGAAUCGACACAAGGCUCCCUCAACUAACUCCCUUAUGGUGAUCAUUAAUCACCGUUCUUACUGAGGGCUCAUUUCAUUUUCCGUGCCAUAUGGUGUUAUGAUACUCUUUGAAAGCCAGAUGUGAACAAGAUGUUUGACCUUUACCAGGACCAAUGAAAAGCCACAUCAGUGUGCUGUGUGUUAACUGUGUCCUUUAAAGAAAUAACUGUUUUUAACGAGGCUUAGGUCUAUUUAUAUGAAAGGAGGACAGUAGUAUCAAUUAAUCUCAACAGUUCUACUGCAUGGUGUUAUGGGAGUUUUCAGCAAUCCCUCCAGUUAAGGAGAUAAAGAAAGUGGAAGUCUUCCCUCAGCUCUCCGCUCCAUCAUUUUCUGAAAAUGGAACGACACAGAAGGUGUCUGACUUCAUCCAUCUGUUAAUGUAACAACUCUGGAAAUAGUUCUGCAGGAUGUAAGGUGGUUUUAUUUCACUGCCAUAUGGGAACCAUAUGCGUUUUCACCCAAUGGUGCACCUGAAACUUGCAGCUUCAUGUUCAGUGGUUAGAUUACUGUAGAUAUUAAUUAACUAUACAGUAAAGCUGCCAUACUUUUGUUUAUGCUUUGAAGGGUUUAAUUAGUUUAUUUUCAGUUCUUUAUAGUUGUUCUUAUCGAUAUCAGAUUUGAUGGGCUUAACGUUUAAGUAGUUUGCUGUAAACUACAUUGUGCACUUACGUAUUUACUGCAUUUGACUCACACUGCUACUGAUGGCCUCCAUAGGUGCACACACAUACACACAUGCACACUGGGGGUGGGAGAAAAAAUCGAUGCAGCAUAGUAUCACGAGAUAUUGUCUGGCGUUAUAUCUUAUCAUCUCAUUAACCAAGUAUUGAUUUUUCAAAUUAAUUGUUAAUAUGAAGUCAAAUCUAUGAUAAUGGAAAAGUAAAAUCAACUGUUUGUCCAGUGAGGUUGGCAGAGGUGACAACAUAGAGCAGGAGAAAGUUAGUACGACAAAUAUAUAUAUAAGGUUUUGCAAGAUGUGCUACAUAAAAAUAAAAUACAGAGUAAAUAAGACAAACAUAAAGGAGAGACAAAUGCUAAAUUAGCUUAACAGUUGAAAAAUCUAUAGAUUGCAAUAUAUUGUAUCGCAAUACUCACUGUAUUGCAAAAUGUUAAAAAUCUCAUAAUAUCAUAUCAUGGCCCAAGUAUCACGAUCAUAUCAUAUCGUGGCCCAAGCAUCAAGAUAAUAUCGUAUCGUGGCCCGAGUAUUCCACACAAAAAUCUAUAAAUUGCUAUAUAUUGUAUCGUAAUACUCACUGUAUUGCAAAAUGUUAAAAAUCACAUAAUAUCGUAUCGUGGCCUGAGUAUCCCGAUAGUAUCGUAUCGUGGCCUGAGUAUCAAGAUAAAAUCGUAUCGUGGUUCAAGUAUUGUGAUAAUAUCGUAUCGUGGCCUGAGUAUCAAGAUAAAAUCGUAUCGUGGCCGGAGUAUUUUGAUAAUAUCGUAUCAUGGCCCGAGUAUCGCGAUAAUAUCAUAUCAUGGCCCGAGUAUUGAGAUAAUAUUGUAUCAUGGCCCGAGUAUUGCAAUAAUAUAGUAUCAUGGCCCGAGUAUCAAGAUAAUAUUGUGUCGUGGCCCGAGUAUCGUGAUUAUAUCGUAUCUUGGCCCGAGUAUCAAGAUAAUAUAGUAUCGUGGGGCCAGUAGUGAUUCCCACCCUUAAUGCAUGCACACACACACACAUGUUCCCGCUUUGAAAAAAACAACACGUCAGAGCAGAGUGGAUACAACAUCACCUCAUCAUAUGAUCUGCCUGAACAGUCUGAAUUUACUUAACAGACUUUUACUGGUGUGGUACAGGAGCCCUGUGUUUGUAUACUGUGGUUUACUGAUCUGACAGCUCUUCUUUUGAACUUGUGUUUUCUUUAGUGAGAGACAUGGACAACUCUGUCACCCUGUGGCAGUUUCUUCUCCAGCUCCUGUUGGAUCCCAGUAAUGAGCAGCUGAUCUGCUGGACCAAUGAGGAGGGGGAGUUUAAACUGCUGCAGGCAGAGGAGGUGGCCCGGCUGUGGGGAGCCCGCAAGAACAAGCCCAACAUGAACUACGACAAACUCAGCAGAGCACUGAGAUACUACUACGACAAGGUAAACACACUGACUCCUCCCUGUUGUUGGACACAGCAGUGGGUUUAGGUGACCUAGAGUGCUUUCACUGCCAUGUACUUCAAUGCUUUAACUCAGUCCGGGUGCUGUUUGAAGUCUUUCAUAAGCCAGCACUGUCACCAUAGGCCAACCGUCAACCUUCAGUCAGAUGUUUUCCUGCAUUGUUGUAUUCACACAUGUUGCUGCCUGCUCAGUAAACUUGAUUGGACACAUUUCCUAAACACUGUAACUAACUAAUACUUCCUUGAAGCUUUGACCAAAACUGUAAGCAUUUGUUGUUUUGUUACUUCAUCAGGCUUUGGAACGAUUACAGCCUUCAUCUGUUUUUUAAAUGUCAGAUGGUGGCCUGUGGGCGCAGAAUGAUGUCAGAGUAUGGUUGGUCAAAAGAGACCCUUGAAUGGUGGAUUGACCACACUGUGGUUAGUAGACUGAAGUUUCAUAAUAAGCCUAAUGUUUCUGCUUUUUAUGACUCUUUUGCCAUUCUUAGUCCUGACGUAGGGAUCGUUUUUUUAAAUUAUCAAGUAGGGAUGGGCGAUAUAGGCCAACAAAUUUACCACGAUAAGAUUUGCCAUUCUGGCGAUAACGAUAAAAGUCCCGAUAGAAAAAUAUUACGAUUCCAAUCUAUAUUUUUGACUCAUUUUGUCUUGAGAACACCAGUUGGAGUGGUCAAAUAAGAUACUUAUUCACAAGUUUAAAUGGUAGGUUAUGGAGAAAACUAAUGACAUCAAACAAGUCUCAAAUGUGAAAACUCUUAUUGCACAGAGUGAACAGCAGCAGAUCCACUGUCUGAUGUCAGGCAUACGUGAUUGCGCUCAUCUAAACUCCAAUCUUGAAGGAAAUCCCUCAUGUGGAGCCUCAUUCAGUAACGCUCAGAAACGUCUUCUUCAUUACCUUCAGCCAUGUUUGUUUGUGGGUUAUAGCUGUGAGUUCAUUGCUUGUGCUUAUGUCAUCAACUUGCAUUUAUCGUAUUUAUCAUGAGAUGGCAAAUAUUUAUUGUGGAGGAUUUUUCUGGUGAUAAAUCGUCAACGAUAAUUUAUCGCCCAUCCCUAUAACCCAGUAUCAGCUCAUGUUUGAACCGUGUCUCUCUAAUUCUGGAUCUGACUUAUAGCUGAAUUUGUGACUGUAACUCUUGAUGCUAUUUCGACUCCCCUAAAACUAUGUGAAUGUACAAUUCAUCAAAACAGGUUUUAUUCCAGUCAAAUUCUUCACAUUAAAAGUUCAUAGGUUGUUGAAUUGUCAGCAUCUACCCUAAAACUCAAUCAGGAAGGUGUGAGAGAAAGUCCUCGCCUGUCUUGACCAGGGCAGUCUUUGUUCUGGUUUGAUAGAAAAAUUGAUAUUCGGAUCACUUACCUUCAGUUAGCUACAAGCUACAGUGUUCACAGUGAUUAGUAAAGGGCUCUUUCUCUGCUCUCAUACAUGGACUUAAGUGGAAUAUGGCAUCUGAAACUCAAUUUAAUGGAAAGAGGUCAUAGCGAGUGACCAUGCUGGGUCCUUUUUAAUAUUGUAGAAUCGUGAUUUAAUAGCAUUGUCAGAAAAAGCAGAAGAAAAUUGCACACCCUUGCAAGGUUGUACCCCCUACCAUACAGAGUAAGUAGACUAUUUUUACACCAGCUCCAGGUUUUACUAUAUCAGAUCAUACUUUGAGUCAGAUUAGAUAGAUAGAUAGAUAGAUAGAUAGAUAGAUAGACUUUAUUGAUCCCAAACUGGGAAAUUCACAAUCUAUCUAUCUAAUUUGUUUCCUCUUGAUUUUGUCACUCUUGCUUCAUUUUCGUUAUAAUUCAGUGAAAUUUGGCUGGUGUUGCACAGCCACUGAAGCAUGGAUAGGACACUGUUUGAGGACUCUUUCUACCAGACACUUGCACUGUAUAGAGCACCAGCACAAUAAACAUGGAUCAGUUUCUCCUCAGGAUGGUCAAAGUCCUGCUUACAGCUUCGAGACAUACAGCAGGGGGGAUGCUGUCAGCCUCCCACUCUGCCUGUGGUUCGACAGAAGCGCCGCCUGACCCUGUGGGCGCUCUGGGCAGGGCUGCAGCUCUGGUAUGCUUGGCUGCAGCUUUACUGGCUGCUAGUUUGGUACAGACAAGAGGGACAGAGCUAUCCUACGCACAAGGCUUUGCUGUGGUCUCACGCUUCUAUUUUUUUCUUUGAGUGCUUCUUUGCAAGAUGCAAAACCACAUAUAGACCAAUCUUGUUUAUGCUCACACUGUCUGCUUGUCUUGUGUUUACUACUUAGUCUGUAUUACAGUCAGCAGGAACAGAAAUGUCUCUAACAGAUCUUCUUCUUCUGUCUCUCCGUGGUCUUUUCCAGAACAUCAUCAAGAAAGUGAACGGUCAGAAGUUUGUCUAUCGUUUUGUGUCGUACCCAGACAUACUGAAAGGAGAUAUUUCCUCUCGAACAGAGGGUGGGGAAGUGGGCGCUCGAGGCAUCUCGUCCCUGUCAAAGAGAGGAGACAGUACCCAGCAGGAGGAUGAGUCUGGUGACCGCAGCAGAGUGGGAGGUAACGCAGCAACUCUGAGCUCGAGCACCAAGCAGUCAAACCGUAAUGACUACAUCCACUCUGGCCUGUACACCUCCUUCACCCUCAACUCACUGCAGAAUGGACGGCAGCUAUUCAAGUCCAUCAAAAUAGAAAACCCAGCAGAGAAGAUGGCUGACAAGAGAAGUGUCGCAGCCAUUGCCCAGAGCCAGGAGCAGCUGUCUCAGCAACAACAGCCCACUUCUUCACCAUCCGUCAUCAAGUUUGGUAACCUCCCUCCAAAGUCAGCACCAGCACAAGCACCAGCACUUCCUCCUCAGGUCAUGAUAGAGCCUUCACUCAUAGCUAGUCACUUGGAUCCUCUGCAAACACAGCCCACAAGGGCCGAAGAAGUCCACACACACUCCUCCCUACCAUCCCAGUCCAUCUACUCAUUUGAACAUAUCCGUCCAUCGGACCCAACAUUUGGUCUACCAGACCUCACCUCAGCCAGCCCGUCCCCGAGCCUAGUGCCUGACUCCACCCAGGAGUUGGUGAUCGACACCGACAUUGAGUCUGGAUCAUCUCAGCCUACAGACACUCAGGCUCUGGAGAAGGUUAGUUUAAACUCAUGUUGUCAAUACUUAACACACAACACACUCCUUUAUAUAGAGGAAAUGAAAGUGAGAGCAAGCAGCUGAGGUCGAUCAACAUAGAGAGAGAGAGAGAGAGAGAGUGCUGGUGAAUGACUGAAGAAAAUGAAGAGAUUUUAUCUGACUGUUUCACAGCCAUCACACUCUAAAGAACUUACAGUUGAGGCCAAAAUUAUUAGCCCCCCUAUGAAAUUUUAACUUUUUUUCCAAAAUUUCCUAAGUGCUGUUCAUUAAUCUGUUGAACAGCACUCAAGAAAUUUUGGAAAAAAACUUAAAAUUUUAUAGGGGGGCUUAUAAUUUUGGCCUCAACUGUAUAAACACGCCCACACCUCUGCACAAACAUCCAGGAAGUUGCCUGAUUUUGUUGGUUCGCCGCUGAAGUGAUGCUUCCUUAUGAUGUAAACGGCCACAAUCACAGACACGACCAUUAGUUCUCCUCAUUCACAGGUUGGUUUGAUAACUGACCUUUUUUGAAGUGCCUUAGGAUUUACAAAUAAUAAAGACACACAUGUUGUGUCUGCUGUAGACAGACUGGGAGAAGGACAGAAAAAUCACCCAGUGUUGCCAUUUAGUUCUGACAGGAAGCUUCAUACCACUAUACAAAUAUUGACUCUCAAAAAAUGACCACGAUUGUAGUCAUGGAGUAUGAAUAUACAGACGCUACACAACUCCUUUAGAUUAAAUAUGAUCAUCCAGAUGACAUAUUUUUGGUUAAACGUAGUAAAGAAAAAAAUAUUUAUUUUACCUCAAUAUAAACAGUGACAUGUUGAUACUAUUCAUGGUUAGAUGUUAGUUUGUGUCUAAUGACUUUUUCUGUAUCAGUAUAAUGUGUAGGUGGGCGAUCAAAACAAACAAGAAAUCGCUGUUUAGUGACCAGUGCCAUAGGGCUGGGCGAUAUGGGCUAAAAACUAAAUCUUAGGGUUUUUUUUUUUUUUCACUAGGUGGACAGCAGCACUGGUUUGUCUUUGGAGGAGAGCAGUUUGGUGGACACUGAAACCAGCUCAUCCUCAGUGAGCAGCUGCACUACAGUCAGCACUCAGAGCUCAGGAAAGACACGCAAGCCACCCAAAAUCCUUCAGAUCAGCCCGCCAACUCUGCUGGUCACCGCUUCUGACUUCUCCCCCAUGAACCUCUGCAGCCCCUCUCUACCUACUGCCUCUCUGACACCAGCAAUGCUACAGGUAAGAGCAUAGGUCCUCACGCACAGAUAUUAAUAAACAAUGAUACAAAACAGAAGGUAAACAAAGAAUAACUGACAUUAAAACAGAAAACAAGUGGCACUGGUAUAAAAGACAGCAUCUAUAUUUUGGGGGCUUCCAGAGGGAAAACUGGGUUUCUUUCAACUGGUGAACUGGAAACUGGAUGACACACAGCUUUUGUGCAGGUGUGCAGCUUUCCUGGUACCAUCUAUUAUUGCUACCCUCCCGGCUGUAUGAAUUUAUGAGGUACCAAGGGACCUGCUGCCCAACUCACUGCUUGUCUCUUGAAGGCCUAAUUUAAGAGCCUUUUCAAUCAAACCGUCAGCCUAUAAGGUUUUUUGUUCCCACUGUACUAGGGCUGAAAUGAUUCCACAAGUGCCUUGAUUGCUAAAAAAAGAUUGCAACCCGCUUACGUCACCACGUAGGAGGACGCACGGUUUCGCGGAGCGGAAAAAAUGAUUGAUGAGAGGGGCUUUUCUUCUGCAGAGCUCCAGCAGCUCAUUAGCACUUGGCCUCUGGAUCGUGGCAGAAACAGCGCUGCUCUGCAUACUUCUCUUCAUGCUAGCUUGCAGCCUAACAUUGCCGGUGCCGGACACUAAUGUCUUUAGGGGCAUGAUGAAAGCUUCGGUAACGCUUUCUUUUACGGUACUCUUAUUACCAGGUAAUUAACAGGUAAUUACCUAGUAACAACAUGUAAUUAUCUGGUAGUUACAUGAUAACUACUAAGUCAUUACUGUCUAGCUACCAGGUAGGUAACCUUCCAUCAUCACACAAAUUUGAAGCCGAAUUGCUCUGGUAUUUCCAGGACUUUCUCCGCUUCCUGGAACCACCACUUGCGCAGUAGCAUUGUACGCAUUUGGCGGGUGAGUCGCUGUGAUAAUGCUCCGGUCAACAGCGUAUUGCUACGCAAUCUCCGCACGCCCAUAGGCUGUAUCAAGUGUCAAUCAUAGAAAAUAAGAACCCCAAAUAGCUUUUGAAAAUGGAGCUGCACAGAAAAAAGAAAAACUAGACAGUAUUGACUUUGUAAUUAUCAUGUAAUUACCAGAUAACUUCAUGUUGUUACUAGGUUAUUACCUGUUAAUUACCUGGUAAUAAUUGUACCAUAAAAGAAAGCGUUAUCAAAUUAGCUUUCUUGCGAGCAUUGCAGUUCGCUUCGCACACAUUUAUUCCUUUAUUGUCCUCUUUUUCUCAGAGUCUGUCUUUCAUAGCGGGGCUCUGGGGUUGGAGCUUGGAUUUGUGACAUAGGAUAUCUCACUGUAUGUGAGUCUGCCGUUUGGGCCUGAUUACUCAAGUAGUUGAUGGAAUAUUUAGUAGAAUACUCAAUUACUAAAAUAUGCGAUAGCUGCAGUCCUACCCUGUACCACUUUGUUCUUUAAAUGCCAUGCAUCCAGGAUGCUUUGUGCAUUUGUCUCUUGAAGCGCCAUCUUCUGGGUAAAAGGCUGUAAGACAGUGGAAAACAUUUCUGUGCAUGUUGAACUGGUAAAGAGUGGAGGUUGGUACAUACAGUAGGACCCAGCUUACUUCAUGGAGCUUGAGUAAUAAGGAUAAGGGUUGCAUCUUUUAUAAAUAUUAUGGUAAGACGAAGAACUGUAUUGAUCCCCGAAAGGAAAUUGAAAUUAAGAUGAAUCAAAAUCAAUCGAAAAUUCAUCCAGUCACUGAGAGAUGAACUGAAAUGAUUAAUAAUAUAAAGUCACAUUUUAAAUGACAGUCUCAGCCAGUUUAGGGUUUGAAGGCAGAGAAGCAGAGCUAUCAUUUGUUAUUGUUUAUACUGUCAGUGGUCCACUUAACUGCUGAAAACCCCAGUGUUUUAAGUCCUAUAUGAUUUUAUUUAUAGUUUUUUUUUUUUUUUUUUUUUUUAAAUCUCACCUGUCCAGAAUUGACAUUAAAAGUUGUAAUUUCUUAAAUAUCAUGCUGUCUAUCUAUUCAACUUUUUGCUGAAUGACACACCUGUACAGGUUAUGGAGCGUUAUUUCAGAUACCAGAGAGCCCCUGGUGGUCACUCAUCCUAACCAGCAGGUCGCAGCAGUGCAGCAGUUAUCUGUGGAUCGAGCUUUUGUUGCGUGUAUUACCAGAAGAUUCUAUCUGCACCACAUCUGACCACAUGACUGUUUUUGCUCCAUUACAGAAAUGAGAGUUGAUUGGAUUCACUGUUUCAGACAGAGUUGUUUUGGGUCAAGUUUGAUCAUGAGAUCUGUUGUCAGAUGUUUCCUUCUUUAGGGCCCGAGCGUAGCUGCUAAGCAGCUGCGAGAGCCCUCUCUUGUUCCUGUAGUUUCCUUCUUUUGUUAUUAGGGCCCGAGCCAGCUGCAGAGCAGCCGGGCGUAGGCCCUGUUAUUCCUGUAGGGGUUUUUCUUUGUUUCUUUCUUUCUUCUUUUUCCUCCCCUUUGAACUGGAAAAUGGCCCACUUCCCACUGGCGAAAACUCAGGAAAUUUGGCAGGACGACCGGGCCUGGUGAAAAAUUUGAUAUUCUGAAGUCGCCAAAACAAUAAAAUGCAAAAUGGCUCCAUAGCGCCCCCUAAGGUGGAAAUUCACACUAUUGACUGUCACGCCUGUACGCUUUGUCAUAUUGACACAAAAAUUGACACACAUAUGUAUCUCAAUAAGAUCUACAAAAAAGUCAGUGCGGCCGUAUCUGUCAAAAUUACGGUUAAAGGGUUAUUUCGCAUUUUUUGCCGAUCCGCACACAUUGGAUUUUCGCUAACUCCUCCGAAGGCUUUCGUUCCACCGGCACCACAUUUGCUCAGGCCAAUCUACACCCCGUGGCCAUUAAAAGUUAUCAAAAUCAUGACGCUGCACCCCAAGGUUUAGGUUCUAGGGGGCGCCAAAGAUAACACUAAAAUCCACAUAUUUAAAAGUCUUAUAACUUUUUAUUUUUGUCCUCACUGGCCUCCAAGUUUUCUAGGAUGAUGCAAUGUCCAGCCAUCAACACAUUUGUGAAGGAAUUUUUACUCCCCAAAAAAGCGCCCCCCCAUGGCAGGAGAAAAAAGUCCAUUUUUUCUUGUCCCCUAAGGUGAAAAUACACAUUGUUGAGUGUCACGCCUAUACGCUUUGUCAAAAUGACACAAAAAUUGACACACACAUGUAACUCAAUAAGAUCUACGAAAAAGUCAAUGCGCGCGUAUCUGUCAAAUGUACGGUUAAAGGGUUAUUCCGCAUUUUUUGCCGAUGCGCACACAUUGGAAUGUGGCUAACUCCUCCUAAGGCUUUCGUUCCACCGGCACCACAUUUGCUCAGGCCAAUCUACACCCCAUGGCCAUUAAAAGUUAUUCAAAUCAUGACGCUGCACCCCAAGGUUUAGGUUCUAGGGGGCGCCAAAGACAACCCUAAAAUCCACAUAUUUAAAAGUCUUAUAACUUUUUAUUUUUGUCCUCACUGGCCUCCAAGUUUUCUAGGAUGAUGCAAUGUCCAGCCAUCAACACAUUUGUGAAGGAAUUUUUACUCCCCAAAAGAGCGCCCCCCCAUGGCAGGAGAAAAAAGUCCAUUUUUUCUUGUCCCCUAAGGUGAAAAUACAUAUUGUUGAGAUUCACGCCUAUAUGCUUUGUCAUAAUGACACAAAAUUUGACAAUCACGUGCCUUGCCUGGUAUCAUUUUUUUUCAGCACAACCUCACCUGUGCGAAUUUACAGUUAUUUUAUCAUGUUGACAUACUGAAUUUACACAAUGGACCCAAAUUCACACACAAAACAUAAAAUCCGAGUGGAAAAAAGUAACAUUUUUACUGUGAAAACCACAAAUAUGUGUGAUGAACUGUUUUUAAAACUUAAACUUCAAAAAAAAAUUGUAAACUUCAAAACAUAUGCAAAUUUUUAACAAAGAACAUAGUGAUUUACCUCUAUUUACAUCAAAAUGCAGGCAAUGGCCCAGGCGUUCUUUGUAAAAUUAUUUACAAAACACUGUAUAGUCUCACAAAUGUCACUUUUUAUUUAUGCCACUACAAAAAAACAUGAUGUAAAUGAUGCAUGAUGUAAAACAUGAUGUAAAAAACUUGUGUAGAUCCUCCUCUAUGUCAGUCCAUGUGUAAUUUUUCCAUAAUUCUUUGUUUUUUGCAGCAUUUUUGUUAGUGUAACUGCAGAUUGUGCUGACAGUGUCUAGGGCACAAAAAAAAAAAAAAAUUAAAAUGCCUCAACAUGAACCCCUGGUGGUCUCUGAGGGUGAAACCUGCUAACUGCUGCAGCUCUGUCAGCUUCAGUCUCCCAUGCAGAGCUCUGAGCGCAUGUGUGGCUCUGCACCCUUAGCAGCGUUGCUAACUCCUCAGUAAGGAAAGCCUGCUUCAUGUCAGAGUCUCUAAACUCCAGAAGAAGUCGAUAAAAGUCCCUUUCUUUCUAAAAAAAAGUCGUUAGGGGGUCUGAAAAGUCAUUGAAUCUAACAACAAAGUCGCUAGGUUUGCAACUACGUGUCCCAGACUGCAUCCCUGCUGAGAGUCCCUCCCUCCCUUCUCAUGUUGCAGGAAGAACGUAAGCGCCCUCCCCUUGUCAAUCAGUCACCAUAUAAUUUUGGAUUGGUUGUUGUGGUGAAGUUUUCCACCAAUAGGAGAGAUGUUGUGGUGUGUUUUUUUUUUCUUUUGGCAAGCCUUUUCCGCCUGUAAGACCUGUCGCUAAUGUCUGCAUGCUAUGUUUUCCUGUCUCAUACAGCGCGAUCGAGCGCCGAACGUGAUCAAAAUAAGCAGAAGAAAAGUAUCGCGGACAUAAUUUAUCAUAACUCUGGUUUUAUUUGGCCUAUCAACACAAUUUAAAAACUGGUAUAUAGGUUGAGGUCCUCACUUUUGAGAUAAGUUGAAACGGAGAGUCAACGAGGCUCCGUCUUGCAGCUACAUCCGGUUAAAUAUGUCAUGUGACUUGAACGCACACACAGACACACACACACGCACACACACACACACACACACACACACACACACACACACACACACUCAGAGUCUGGUUUUUAGCACCUGCAAAAACAUGCUAUUUACAUAUUUGACAAGAAUGCAGAGGCUCCUUUUGCCCCUGAAAAAAAAAUCAAAUUUCAAACACAACUUGACUGGUCAUUUCUCCAAAAGACAACCAUGAAGCUCCAUCCAAACCUGAAGCAGGCAGUUGGUGCAUGUGUACAGUAACCUGAGGGGAGUGAGGUGAGUGCUUCUGAGGAGAACAUGAGCAGUGAAGAUUCACCUUGGAGCUAGAACAGAGACAUGCACAUGAUUAUACAGGGGCAGGGGCUCAAGUUUUUUCCAGUCGUUUAUACAAUAUGGAAAUUAAUGUGAAAUUAAAACACAAAGUAUUAAUAGAAAGGUAAUGACUGUCCUGUGUAGGUGACAGUGAUAUCGAAUAGGCUAGGCACUCACGAGGCUGGCUGUGGCAAGUGUAAGUGAAAGCAACACGCACUGGCAGGAAGAACAGCAAACGCCGAUGAAGGAAAAGGGUCUUUGCAGUGAUGGGCGUUACCAGAGAGGGCGAUGGCCAGAGGACACAAAUGGGACGGGGAGGCGGUCGCGUUGGGGGGGGGGGGGGGGGGUGGGGGAGCUCGGGCCCGCCAGUGCCCCAACGGGGUCCUAGUUAUUAUUUUUCCUCCCCUUUGAACUGGAAAAUGGCCCACUUCCCACUGGCGAAAACUCAUGAAAUUUGGCAGGACGACCGGGCCUGGUGAAAAAUUUGAUAUUCCGAAGUCGCCCAAACAAGAAAAUGCAAAAUGGCUCCAUAGCGCCCCCUAAGGUGAAAAUUCACACUAUUGACUGUCACGCCUGUACGCUUUGUCAAAAUGACACAAAAAUUGACACACACAUGUAUCUCAAUAAGAUCUACAAAAAAGUCAGUGCGGGCGUAUCUGUCAAAUGUACGGUUAAAGGGUUAUUUCGCAUUUUUUGCCGAUCCGCACACAUUGGAAUUUCGCUAACUCCUCCGAAGGCUUUCGUUCCACCGGCACCACAUUUGCUCAGGCCAAUCUACACCCCAUGGUCAUUAAAAGUUAUUCAAAUCAUGACGCUGCACCCCACGGUUUAGGUUCUAGGGGGCGCCAAAGAUAACCCUAAAAUCCACAUAUUUAAAAGUCUUAUAACUUUUUAUUUUUGCCCUCACUGGCCUCCAAGUUUUCUAGGAUGAUGCAAUGUCCAGCCAUCAACACAUUUGUGAAGGAAUUUUUACUCCCCAAAAGAGCGCCCCCCCAUGGCAGGAGAAAAAAGUCCAUUUUUUCUUGUCCCCUAAGGUGAAAAUACACAUUGUUGAGUGUCACGCCUGUAUGCUUUGUCAAAAUGACACAAAAAUUGACACACACAUGUAUCUCAAUAAGAUCUACAAAAAAGUCCAUGAGCGCGUAUCUGUCAAAUGUACGGUUAAAGGGUUAUUCCGCAUUUUCUGCCGAUUCGCACACAUUGGAAUUUCGCUAACUCCUCCGAAGGCUUUCGUUCCACCGGCACCACAUUUGCUCAGGCCAAUCUACACCCCAUGGCCAUUAAAAGUUAUUCAAAUCAUGACGCUGCACCCCACCGUUUAGGUUCUAGGGGGCGCCAAAGAUAACCCUAAAAUCCACAUAUUUCAAAGUCUUAUAACUUUUUAUUUUUGCCCUCACUGGCCUCCAAGUUUUCUAGGAUGAUGCAAUGUCCAGCCAUCAACACAUUUGUGAAGGAAUUUUUACUCCCCAAAAGAGCGCCCCCCCAUGGCAGGAGAAAAAAGUCCAUUUUUUCUGGUCCCAUAAGGUGAAAAUUCACACUAUUGACUGUCACGCCUGUACGCUUUGUCAAAAUUACACAAAAAUUGACACACACAUGUAUCUCAAUAAGAUCUACAAAAAAGUCAGUGCUGGCGUAUCUGUCAAAUGUACGGUUAAAGGGUUAUUGCGCAUUUUUUGCCGAUCCGCACACAUUGGAAUUUCGCUAACUCCUCCGAAGGCUUUCGUUCCACCGGCACCACAUUUGCUCAGGCCAAUCUACACCCCAUGGCCAUUAAAAGUUAUUCAAAUCAUGACGCUGCACCCCACGGUUUAGGUUCUAGGGGGCGCCAAAGAUAACCCUAAAAUCCACAUAUUUAAAAGUCUUAUAACUUUUUAUUUUUGUCCUCUCUGGCCUCCAAGUUUUCUAGGAUGAUGCAAUGUCCAGCCAUCAACACAUUUGUGAAGGAAUUUUUACUCCCCAAAAGAGCGCCCCCCAUGGCAGGAGAAAAAAGUCAAUUUUUUCUUGUCCCAUAAGGUGAAAAUACACAUUGUUGACUGUCAUACCUGUAUGCUUUGUCAUAUUGACACAAAAUUUGACACACACAUGUAUCUCAAUAAGAUCUACGAAAAAGUCAAUGCGCGCGUAUCUGUAAAAUGUACGGUUAAAGGGCUAUUUUGCAUUUUUUGCCGAUUAGCACACAUUGGAAUGUGGCUAACUCCUCCUAAGGCUUUCGUCCCACUGACACCAAAUUUGCUCAGGCCAAUCUACACCCCAUGGCCAUUCAAAGUUGUAAAAAUCAUGACGCUGCACCCCACGGUUUACGUUCUAGGGGGCGCCAAAGAUGACCCAAAUAUCCACAUUCUUAAAAGAAUCCACAUCCCCCCCCCCCAUCCCCCAUCCCCCAUCCCCCAUGGCAGGAGAAACAGUCAAGUUUUUCCUGCCCAUCACUCAAUGGCUCAAUCGCAUCGCUCUCCCGGCAACACCGUAACGAGGAGCAACUUGCCGUUUGGAUAUAUCCUAGCUGUGUUUGUGCCCUCACUCAUGGUCCAGACUUUUUUCAAAUAGGACAUGUAGUUUGUCUGCAGCGAGUGUUUUGGUAGAAACUGCGCCUCCCAUUCAUUAUAAUGGGAAAUGACCACAGACAAGUGCGCACACCAUCUUUGGACCUUGAGUGUGACGCGAUCGGGAGGGGGAGGCGGUCGCACUGGGGGCAGCGCAACGUGGCUCGGGCCCGUCAGUGCCCCAACGGGGCCCUAGUUUCUUUUUCCUCCCCUUUGAACUGGAAAAUGGCCCACUUCCCACUGGCGAAAACUCAUGAAAUUUGGCAGGACGACCGGGCCUGGUGAAAAAUUUGAUAUUCCGAAGUCGCCCAAACAAGAAAAUGCAAAAUGGCUCCAUAGCGCCCCCUAAGGUGAAAAUUCACACUAUUGAGUGUCACGCCUGUACGCUUUGUCAAAAUGACACAAAAUUUGACACACACAUGUAUCUCAAUAAGAUCUACAAAAAAGUCAGUGCGGGCGUAUCUGUCAAAUGUACGGUUAAAGGGUUAUUUCGCAUUUUUUGCCGAUCCGCACACAUUGGAAUUUCGCUAACUCCUCCGAAGGCUUUCGUUCCACCGGCACCACAUUUGCUCAGGCCAAUCUACACCCCAUGGCCAUUAAAAGUUAUUCAAAUCAUGACGCUGCACCCCAUGGUUUAGGUUCUAGGGGGCGCCAAAGAUAACCCUAAAAUCCACAUAUUUAAAAGUCUUAUAACUUUUUAUUUUUGCCCUCACUGGCCUCCAAGUUUUCUAGGAUGAUGCAAUGUCCAGCCAUCAACACAUUUGUGAAGGAAUUUUUACUCCCCAAAAGAGCGCCCCCCCAUGGCAGGAGAAAAAAGUCCAUUUUUUCUUGUCCCCUAAGGUGAAAAUACACAUUGUUGAGUGUCACGCCUGUACGCUUUGUCAAAAUGACACAAAAAUUGACACACACAUGUAUCUCAAUAAGAUCUACAAAAAAGUCCAUGCGCGCGUAUCUGUCAAAUGUACGGUUAAAGGGUUAUUCCGCAUUUUUUGCCGAUUCGCACACAUUGGAAUUUCGCUAACUCCUCCGAAGGCUUUCGUUCCACCGGCACCACAUUUGCUCAGGCCAAUCUACACCCCAUGGCCAUUAAAAGUUAUUCAAAUCAUGACGCUGCACCCCACGGUUUACGUUCUAGGGGGCGCCAAAGAUAACCCAAAAAAUCCACAUUUUUAAAAGUCUUAUCACUUUUUAUUUUUGUCCUCACUGGCCUCCAAGUUUUCUAGGAUGAUGCAAUGUCCAGCCAUCAACACAUUUGUGAAGGAAUUUUUACUCCCUAAAAGAGCGCCCCCCCCAUGGCAGGAGAAAAAAGUCAAUUUUUUCUUGUCCCCUAAGGUGAAAAUACACAUUGUUGACUGUCACGCCUGUACGCUUUGGCAAAAUGACACAAAAAUUGACAAUCAUGUGUAUCUCAAUUAGAUCUACGAAAAAGUCAAAGAGCGCGUAUCUGUAUAAUGUACGGUAAAAGGGCUAUUUUGCAUUUUUUGCCGAUUCGCACACAUUGGAAUUUCGCUAACUCCUCCUAAGGCUUUCGUCCCACUGACACCAAAUUUGCUCAGGCCAAUCUACACUCCAUGGCCAUUCAAAGUUGUAAAAAUCAUGACGCUGCACCCCACGGUUUACGUUUUAGGGGGCGCCAAAGAUGACCCAAAUAUACAUUACAGUAGACAAAGUAGUUUUGCCCACUGAGUGGCGCCAAAGGGACUUGUCUGUGGAGUCUGUGAGUCACUAUUGGCCGUUUUUGACUACUUUAGAUUUUACCUUUAUAUUUCCUCUUACAAAAUUUUUACCUUGCCUUGCCUGGUAUCAUUUUUUUCAGCACAACCUCACCUGUGUCAAUUUACAGUUAUUUUAUCAUUUUGACAUACUAUAUUUACACAUUGGACCCAAAUUCACACACAAAACAUAAAAUCCGAGUGGAAAAAAGUAACGUUUUUACUGUGGAAACCACAAAUAUGUGUGAUGAACUGUUUUUAAAACUUAAACUUCAAAUAAAAAUUGUAAACUUCAAAACAUAUGCAAAUUUUUAACAAAGAACAUAGUAAUUUACCUCUAUUUACAUCAAAAUGCAGGCAAUGGCCCAGGUGUUCUUUGUAAAAUUAUUUACAAAACACUGUAUAGUCUCACAAAUGUCACUUUUUAUUUAUGCCACUACAAAAAAACAUGAUGUAAAUGAUGCAUGAUGUAAAACAUGAUGUAAAAAACUUGUGUAUAUCCUCCUCUAUGUUAGUCCAUGUGUAAUUUUUCCAUAAUUCUUUGUUUUUUGCAGCAUUUUUGUUAGUGUAACUGCAGAUUGUGCUGACAGUGUCUAUGGCAAAAAAAAAAAAAACUGAAAAUGCCUCAACAUGAACCCCUGGUGGUCUCUGAGGGUGAAACCUGCUAACUGCUGCAGCUCUGUCAGCUUCAGUCUCCCAUGCAGAGCUCUGAGCGCAUGUGUGGCUCUGCACCCUUAGCAGCGUUGCUAACUCCUCAGUAAGGAAAGCCUGCUUCAUGUCAGAGUCUCUAAACUCCAGAAGAAGUCGAUAAAAGUCCCUUUCUUUCUAAAAAAAAGUCGUUAGGGGGUCUGAAAAGUCAUUGAAUCUAACAACAAAGUCGCUAGGUUUGCAACUACGUGUCCCAGACUGCAUCCCUGCUGAGAGUCCCUCCCUCCCUUCUCAUGUUGCAGGAAGAACGUAAGUUCCCACCCCUUGUCAAUCAGUCACCAUAUAAUUUUGGAUUGGUUGUUGUGGUGAAGUUUUCCACCAAUAGGAGAGAUGUUGUGGUGUGUUUUUUUUUUUCCUUUGGCAAGCCUUUUCCGCCUGUAAGACCUGUCGCUAAUGUCUGCAUGCUAUGUUUUCCUGUCUCAUACAGCGCGAUCGAGCGCCGAACGUGAUCAAAAUAAGCAGAAAACAAGUAUCGUGGACAUAAUUUAUCAUAACUCUGGUUUUAUUUGGCCUAUCAACACAAUUUAAAAACUGGUAUUUAGGUUGAGGUCCUCACUUUUGAGAUAAAUUGAAACGGAGAGUCAACGAGGCUCCGUCUUGCAGCUACAUCCGGUUAAAUAUGUCAUGUGACUUGAACGCACACACACACACACACACACACACACACACACAGACACACACACACACGCACACACACACACUCAGAGUCUGGUUUUUAGCACCUGCAAAAACAUGCUAUUUACAUAUUUGACAAGAAUGCAGAGGCUCCUUUUGCCCCUGAAAAAAAUCAAAUUUCAAACACAACUUGACUGGUCAUUUCUCCAAAAGACAACCAUGAAGCUCCAUCCAAACCUGAAGCAGGCAGUUGGUGCAUGUGUACAGUAACCUGAGGGGAGUGAGGUGACUGCUUCUGAGGAGAACAUGAGCAGUGAAGAUUCACCUUAGAGCUAGAACAGAGACGUGCACAUGAUUAUACAGGGGCAGGGGCUCAAGUUUUUUCCAGUCGUUUAUACAAUUUGGAAAUUAAUGUGAAAUUAAAAAACAAAGUAUUAAUAGAAAGGUAAUGACUGUCCUGUGUAGGUGACAGUGAUAUCCAAUAGGCUAGGCACUCACGAGGCUGGCUGUGGCAAGUGUAAGUGAAAGCAACACGCACUGGCAGGAAGAACAGCAAACGCCGAUGAAGGAAAAGGGUCUUUGCAGUGAUGGGCGUUACCAAAGAGGGCGAUGGCCAGAGGACACAAAUGGGACAGGGAGGCAGCGCGUUGGGGGGGGGGACGCGACACAGCUCGGGCCCGCCAGUGCCCCAACGGGGUCCUAGUUUUUUUUUAUUACUUAUAAGGAUUAUCAGUGUGUGUUUGGAUGGAUUAAAAAUGCACCUACCUUAUAAACUGUAUCUGAUUUGGGUGCCUUCAAGUGUCACUCCUAUCAAUGUAGUUUACUGUUGAAUAGACAUUUUAGUGUUUCUGCCGUUGUCAGAUGUGACUGACUCAGACUGAAGUGUUUAAGAUACCAAAGGAAUUCAGAGCAAAUCAAAACCAGACACAGUUUGUUUGAGAAAAGGGCAAUGUGGAGCAAAAGUGUGAGAUGAUGAAACCUGUCCUGAUUAUGUAAGCAGGCUGUCAUUCCUUUCAACUCACUCAUUCAUGGACUGACCACUCUCUCCUGAUCACUACUAUGCCUGUUGUGAUACUCUAUGGACAUGACUGGGUCACAUUAGGGCUGCAUGAUUAAUUGAUUUUAAAUCGUAGUCAGAUUAUUUGAUUAUGACGAUGUUAAAAAAAUUGAAAUCAUCAAAUGGAUUUUCCUCUCUAUCAUGUCUCGUGCCUUCAGCCCACCGUGGGCUUCCCCCUCCUGUGGGAGUGCUCCACAGUUCCCACACACACCAGCGUACACAAACAUGGCUUUUGCAAAAGAAGGCGACAAUUUUGUGGCUGAAUAGAGCAAGGGCAAGUCAGUCAUUUGGAAUUGUUACGGCUUCGUAGUUUUGGACGAAGAGCAAACCACUCCCCACUGCAAAGUCCGUCUAAAGGCAGUAUCAACCCGUCCACACGAAAACUAAUUCAGGAGUAAACGCAAACGUUUACGGAUCAGAGAGUGCAUAAAUCUGUAUACGACUACCAUUUCAUCUCUGUGUGGAUGUCUGUCUGCAUCUCUCUUGAAACAAUCAUGUGACACACAGCGUAACUCUUUAAUGGCACCUGGGCGUGUCCAGCGAAAACAACCCUAAUACACAUGCUCUGUACUCUUCUUCUGUCUUUUGUGCAUUUCCUCGACAGUGUUACAGCGCCAUUUACUGGCUUGGCAUAUGCACUACAUCGUUUUCAGUGGUUUUGUUUUGAGAGAUGAUAGAAACAACUUUUUUAAUCAAGUGAAAUUUUGUGAAGUUGUCACUGAAUAAAAAAUCGAAAAGUGAGGUCUCAGAAAAAAAAACAGAUUGUUUUUUUCUCUGAGACUUCGCCAAAAUCAUGCAGUCCUAGGUCACACAUGAGACAGAGCCUGUUGCUCCUCCACAUUUCAAAUAAAUGCACUCAAAUGCUUUAAAAGGAGUUUUCUUUGUCUUCCUCCAGACUCCCACUCUGUUGCUAACUCCCAGUCCUCUGCUGUCCAACAUCCACUUUUGGAGCACGCUCAGUCCGGUGGCUCCCCUCAGCCCAGCCACACGGCGCCAGGGAGCUCACCUGUUCCAGGUUAGUAUGAUACAAUCUACACUUUGUUUCCGUUUUAAAUCAUUUGAUUCUCUUUACAUGUCAGACUCCUGAGUUUUUCUUUGUUUAAAUGCAACCAUGUAACAACUUUCUAUGACCAACCCUCUAAGAGAUCUGUAGCUUUUGAGUUUAUGUCUCUAAGUGAGCUCUGAUGGAGGGUUAGGAGCUGAUCUUGAGUAGAAAGCUGCAUGUGGGAAAGAUUUGGUAAUUGCUGAUUUAAGGUCUACAUAAAGGAUCACCAAAAUCCUGUCUUCUUGGGCCCUAAACCCUCAUUCUGCUCUGUUUCAGUUCCCAUCAGUCCUCACUCCUCAGUUCCAGAUCCCUGUUCACAGUCUGGAUGGGACCAACACACCAGGACCCAUUUCCCCAGACCCGCAGAAGACAUAGGAAUACUCCUCAUGGUGCCACUGCAUUUGGACCCAAACAGGUGGAUACUGACCCCCCUCUGCUCAUCUCCUGUCUCAUAUCCUGAACCUUUAUGUGGGAGCUCUGUCCUUGCAAUUCCUCAUUUUCCCAGCACUUGGGAGCGCACUGCCACAGACGUCUCUCCACAAUCAGAAUCUGAGGGAGGCUGUGUAAAGGCUCGUUUCAGCAUGAUGGACGAGGAUAAAUUACUUACUUACUGCUACAUUGCACUCACACACACUGGUGCCACCUUUCCUUAUGCACCCAAGGGUUUCUUUUGUUUUUAUCUGGCUUUUCUGGAUCCUGAAUCACAAACAAUUCAACAGAGGGAGGAAUUUCCAUGGCAACAGCAGGGGCACAUUAAUGGGACCCUCAGCAGCGACAAUCUGCUUCUUGCUUGAUACAGAACAGUGAUAUGGCAGAUAUCUGACUGUUUCCUUUGAUAGACUGUCCUUCUUGUCCUUUGCGUCCGUGUUUCUACCAAAAUUGACAAAACAUUUUUGAUCAGUUUCUAACCUCUGCUGACAACGAUUCUGUCCCCUCUAAUCCCUGAGAGGGGUCUGGCUGCAGACCUCCAUUGAGAGGACUUGAGGUGAGGUUUUUUGUCAUGCGCUCCAGUGUUUUUUUACCACAAAGAUAGUCGAGAGAGAAGGUGAGUUUAAGUCAAGAGACAACUUUUCGUCAUUCUCAAAGCAACAGAAACAGUUCUUAUUCACUAGCAAGUUUUUUUUUUACUAUAUAUUGCCCUGUAAUAUUAUACUAAUUGGCUGAUUAAAUUAAAAUACGGGUAAAAUUAUGAAUUUUUUAAGGAAUGUUUUAAAAUGAUCAUAACAGUAGCUGUCCAUUAAGUUUGUAUUUUCUAUCUGUAGAAUAACCCUCCAAGUGGUCAUCCCGUUUUGUAUUGUAUUGAAGUUGAACACAUGAAUACACCAAAAAAUCAUAUGAACAUCAAAUAAAUAAAAUAAAGCCCUAAGAAAUAAAAUAAAUUCAUGCAGGAUUAAAAAUACAUACUUCCCGGUCGAAUUGUAUUUGAUUUGAAAGGCUUUAAAUCAACUUCCAACGUAAGAAAAAUUUACUUGUUAUAUUUUCGCUUUUAUUUUGAAAAGCCUCGAAUCAAUUUCUGACAUAAAAAAAAUGUACUUGUGGCGUAUUUGCUUUUAUUUUGAAAGGCUUUGAAUCAGCUUCCGAUGUAAAAUAAUGUACUUCUGGUAUAAUCGCUUUUAUUUUGAAAGGCCUCGAAUCAACUUCUGACGUAAAAAAAUGUACUUGUGGUGUAUUUGCUUUUAUUUUGAAAGGCUUUGAAUCAGCUUCCGACGUAAAAUAAUGUACUUCUGGUAUAAUCGCUUUUAUUUUGAAAGGCCUCGAAUUAACUUCUGACAUAAAAAAAAUUACUUGUGUUGUAUUUGCUUUUAUUUUGAAAGGCUUUAAAUCAACUUCUGACAUAAAAAAAAAUUACUUCUGGUAUAAUCGCUUUUAUCUUGAAAGGCUUCGAAUCAACUUCUGACAUAAAAAAAUGUACUUGUGGUGUAUUUGCUUUUAUUUUGAAUGGCGUUGAAUCAACUUCCGGUUCGUUCAUGGAGCAGGUCCUCACAGUGGAGGUCUGCAACGAAGGGUCCUCACAGUGGAGGUCUGCAGCCAGACUGUCUUGUAAUCCCCUGUCCUUGACUUUGACACAUUUAAAAGCGUAGUGCUUCAAUCCAAUAUUGUGAUGGCUGUUGUUGUCGUCUUUUACCUGACUCUUGCCUGCCUAAGUGUGAAAUGUUUGCUGCUCAACAAUGCCGGCUCAGAAAAGCCAUAUCCAGCAGACUUUUAAUUCAGCUGCCUUGUAAUGACAGGUGGCUGUAAACCGAGUUGCCACACAUCAUCAUAACUCUGUAACAGUAAGAUAUGUAUAAAGCAGGAUACGACAGGAGGCCGCUGUGGUCCACUUAGUCCUCUGGGAGUAAGCUUUCAUGUGGGAGUGAAAGUAAAUGAAGCCAUAAUCCUCUACAAACAACUUCAACACCCUGUUUAUUUUUCUACCCUGACUAAAUAAACGUCACUUUAUUAAAGGCAGCCAUUAUGCUUAUUACAAUUUACAGGAAUAAGCAGAUAAAUUAGCAUUUUUGAGGCAUUGUUUGACAUUUUGGAAAACACACCUGCCAGAGCCCGACAAAUCAAGAAAAUGUUUACCCUCAUUCGGUAGAGAAGAAGCUGGAGCUAAUGACCCCAUAUCUGCUUGUGAGCUUUUCAGAGUUCACCAAUGAAAACAUGACAAGUUGAAUUAUGAAAAUAUUGAUAUAUGUACAGUGGUUGUAUGCCAGUCUCUAUUAGUUGUCAGGAAAUUACCACGUUCAAGAAGAGAACUUCAGCACGUGUCAUAGCACAGCUUGUUUUGGUUCCAGUCCCAAAAAUGUCUGGGUGCUAUUUACUUAAAUAUGUUCAAAGAAAAGGACUUUGAUGGUUUGCAAAUCAUGUCAUUGAAAACUGUGCAUAGACAACUUUAAGUUUUGAAACUGAGAAAUAGUUUUUGUUUUUUGAAAUUUUUUUUGAAUCAACAACUUGCAAAAAAAAAAAAAAGAAACAGGGAGGUGUUUACUGUGUGAUGCAUUACCUCUUUUUUUUUAGUAUUGUGACCUGUGGAUAUUCUGGAACAGGACAGACAGUUUCUGGAGUUUACAAAGUGAAAUAAUGCCUCAUUCUUGCCUGACAUCUUGUCAUUUUUGUUUUGUGUUUCAAGGUGCAUCAAGUGUUUUUUAAAAUUUUUUCUUUAUGGGUGACAAAGACUGCAGGUAAGCGAGUCUAGCACCUAGAGCAGUCUGCUAUGAUGCCAUGCUGUCAUAACGCAGCCAGAUUAUUGUCUGACAUUUUCAAGGUUUUGUCCAGCGUAUGACAGCAAACAUUACUCCAUAACCUGCACACGUAUGUCAUUCAGCAAUAAUGGUGCCAUCCUUGAAGCGUAAGCUACCCCCAUCACUGGGGCCUCUGAACCGUGUUAAUAAUAAACUGGACAGUCCUUAAGAACAGAGGAUGUCCUUACUAGAUUUGUUCAUGUCCCUUAAGUCCAUCAGAACCAGGUUUGGGCUCAAAGACUAGAAUUUUUGGUCAUGUUGUUCUUGUUUAUGUUUCUCUCUUUGCAUGGUACGGUUAGGUUUUUUGUUAGAUAAUGCUGCGCCCCCUCUGGCCCGGAGGCCAUCUGGUCCAUUUUUUGGCCAUUCCCCUUUUGUACAGAACAUAAUUUUGAGGUAGUUAGAUGAUGGUGUUGAGUUGAAUAAUAAAUGAUGUCUUUGCACUAUUUGAUUUGAUUUGCAAACCACCAGAGUUUCUUUGAGAAAGCACCUGUACUGUUUUUGGGGAUUGUGUGUUUAUAAGUGAGCUUCAGAGGAGUAUUUGAGGUAAAAUCCCUCUGAGCAGCUGGGCCCUAGUUAGGUGGGUUCAUCAACUGCCUCUUGUAUUUCCACAAAUGUCAAACCACAGACUAGUACAAUCCUCAGAAAGUAACCUGCAGAUGUUCUUUGUUAUAAACGAGAGGCCUGAAUAAUUAAUGCUGCUGUGGUGUGAGUGCAGUUAUUGGAUAUCUGAUUGAAGGGACGAGCUUGAUCCUUUUCCUAGCCUUAGCCACCUGAGUUUUACGAACACUUGAUCCAGAUGACUGAAUACCUUCUGGAUUAGUGAAGCCCCCUUUAUGCCAUAAAAGCCCAUCUGGAUAAUCAGCCAUGAGACUUUCUUACCUGUUUGUAAUCAACUUUAAAGCCAUAACACAAACGCAGGAGGUGGAUCCGUGUUUCUAUUCUGUCAAAGAUAGACGUUGUUGCUUCACAUAUGUUUACAAGAUACUUGGAUAGAACACGUUUAAGUGUUUUUGAACCCAGGUGUCCUUUGCUAACCCAGGGAUGGAUGAAAAAUGAAUCUUGAAGGGAGAAAUGCACGCUCUUUCACAUUUGCCCCUGCAGUUUAUCAUGAUAGUUUAUAAGGUGCCUUACUGCAGACAAACCCGCGAGUAUAACCCAACAGUUGACAGAGUUCUGUCUGUAAAAGCUCGCACAGUUCAAACAGUCCAAGUUUGUUUUUCUGCCAUAUCUUUGCAUAGACCAAACCCGAGCUCAGUAAGUCUAGAGAGAAACCUUACUGGAGUGUUCUGUUUGUAAAGGAGGAUCUUCGAUGUGCUGCAAUGUUCUUGAUGCUUAACUGUACAUACAGAUAUCAACAGGGGUCAGUUCUUCUAACUAGGCCAUGUCUCUUUCUAACCUGCUCAUAAAUGUUUGUAAAAAUAUGUUUACUCAGAAAUUAUAUAUAUAGAUAUAUAUAUGAAUCCUGUCUAUUAUUUUUGUGUAAUCGCCCUUUUUUUCCUGUAACACCAAUAGAAUUUUUAGAUUAAUUUCUAUUUUUGUAACAGCCAGAUAUUUAGAUGUCUGUUGUUUUGGGUUCUCUGAUGUAAAGUUCUCCUUGUGCAUGUGUUUCUCUAUGAUGUUUUCCUCUUGUUCCCAAUGCCCUGUGGUGGCGUUGGCUGUUUUUUUUAGGAAUCAAAGCCUUAUGGGAAAAAUCUAAGUAUGUUUUGUAUGUUAAUGUUUUGAUAUGGUGUUGAUAUUGUUCAUGCAGAUGUUGUGAUGGGACGUUUGCACUUACAUGGUCGGGGUUUGGAUUGUGUCACUUUUUUCGACGCAGAUUUCCUCUUACAUGAAAUGUUGUUAAGGUUUGCUUACAGAGAGAUGUAUUUUUCCCAAAGGGAGGAUAAAAUUAUGCACUUGGCAUUUUAUACAGUAAAUCUAACCUUUUUGAUGUAUAUCAAAAGAUUUAAAAUGAUUUGGCACUAGCAUACAAUAUUUAUUUCUUUGAAAUCUGAUUGGAGCCCAAUAGAAUUGGUUGUUUUUAUUGCAUUUUUGCUGUAACUUUGAUGAAAAACUAAAAACAGAGCUGAAUAUUAUCCCCAUUUGCAGCUUUUCUCCGUUAAGUCAGUCAAACUUGUUUUUGUAUUUCUUUGUUUGUAUUUGUGGAAGUUCCUCUUUCAACUUAACCUGAAAACAGAAAGUCCGUUUUCUAAAAGAACUGACAGCAUCCCUGCUUUGUUCUGUCGAGUUUCCUGUUUGUUUCAGGCUUUUUCAAAUGUUUACAAGCUACUUGUUUUAAGUGGCGUUUUAAUGUGUGAGAGGUGUUGAGGAAAUGUUUAUAAUGGACAAGAAAGGUGAGACCAAUAAUAAAAGACCUCUAAUCACAUCUCUGUGCUCUGCCAUUAUAUCUUCUAUUUAGGGCUGCACGAUUUUUUUUCUCAGAAGACUCAAUUUUAGUUUUUGAUAUUUUAUUCAGAGACAAAUUCACUAAACUUCACUUUAAAAAUAAAAAGUUCUUCUGUCUCUUAAAACAAAACCACUGAAAACAAUGUAGUGCAUAUGCCACAACAGUAAGUGGCGCUGUAACGCUGCCGAGGAAAUGCACAAAAGACAGAAGAAGAGUACGGAGCAUGGGUAUAAAGGUUGUUUUGGCCGGACACGCGCAGGCGCCAUAAAAGAGUGAUGCUGUAUGUCUCAUAAUCGUUUCAAGAGAUGCAGACAGGCAUCCACACGGAGAUGAAAUGGUAGUUGUUUACAGAUUAAUGUACUCUCCGAUCUAUUUUCAAAAAAUACCGUUUACAGACACCUGAAACGCUUUUUCUGUACAAAAACUUUUGCGUUCACCCCUGAAUUAGUUUUCUUGUGGACAGGUUGAUAACGCCUUUAGACAGACUUUGCAGCGAUGAGUUGUUUGCUCUUCAUCCAAGACUGCGAAGCCGUACCAAUUCCACAUGACUGACUUGCUCUUCCUCUAUUUAGCCACAAAAUUAUCGCCUUCUUUUGCAAACGCCAUGUUUGUUUACACUGGCGUGUGUGGGAACUGGGGAGUGCUCUCGCAGUAAGGGGGAGCCUACGGUGGCCUGGAGGCGUGAGACAUGAUAGAGAGGAAAAUCCAUUUGACGAUUAAAAUUUUUUUAACAUCGUCAUAAUCAAAUAAUCUGAAUAUGAUUUGAAAUCGAUUAACCGUGCAGCCCUACUUCUAUUAUUGUCAGAGUGUCUGGCAGCUCCCUGCGUUUAUCAGUAAAUCACGACAGAAGCAUUCAAGGUCAGUUUGUUCCAGUUUAUUCACAUUCACACAUACAAAGUCAAUAGUUGAUAAUUAAAGUCCCUUUGAAUCAAGAAACAGCAGAGGUAUAGUGUGCCCACACAACUUCUCUCUUCAAGUAACAGUCAUCCAGGGAGCUGCUUGAUCAUCAGGCUUUAAAGGGUUCCUUUUGGGGAAACUGGGUAAAGUCCUUGAACACAGGGUUAAGACCUGGAGAGAUUAUUGCACCUGUCGUCCCUUUUUAUCGUCCUCAUUCAUGUCUGACCUGUCUCUCUUUUGGGUCCUCUGGUCAGGAUUCUUCGGUCUUUGGCUUUUCUUUCAUUUCUGUGUUUUCAGCCAAAUCUGAGAAUGAAAAAGCACAGAGGCAAAAUAAACAUCCGUUCGUGAAAUGUUUCUGGAAAUUUCUGGAACAAAACCUUAAAAGUUCACCGAGCUGUCUCUGUUUAAUUUAACACUGAGUCACAACAAAAUUGAAUUACUCAUGUUGACUGGAGGGCUUUUCUUGGCCAGGAAAAUACCGAAAGAAGUUGGCUCAACCAAGCUCAUUAUCUCAUUAGAAUCUGGGAAACCUCACUCACAAAAAAUGUACUUAAAGGGAUAUUCCAGCAUAAAAUCAAGUUUGGGUCAAACACAUCGGAUCAUUUCCUUGAAGUAAUAAUCAUCAUAACAAUCAUUUUGCACUGCAGACACGGUAGUUCCUCUGCCUUAGCGUCUCGGUCUGAUUGCAUUUCCAUAAAGUAAUAAUCAUAAAUGUUCUUCUUUGAGCUGUGAAACUCCGCUACACUCAGUAAACGACAAGCGGCUGCUGGAGAAGAGUUGGUGAGUUGUGUUUACUCUCUUUGCUAGAGAAAUCAGGCAAAGCUAAAGAGAUGUUUGAUGGCUAGUACUAUGGCUGGGACCCUAUAUGUACUGUUGAUGAAGUUAGCUGCUGUUCUGAGCAUUAUUUGUGGCUGUAGAGUGGCUUUUUGGUUGAGAUUUACACGUGGAGGCGUAUUUAGAUAAACGAGUGUGCACUGCUGAGUAUUUUACUGGGAAUCAUUUUGCCCUGUAACAGCGAUCUGAGAACUUAAAGUCAAGGGCAGUACAGUCUAACUUAUGUAAGGCUUCCUCCAGCAGUCUCAAAGCCACUCUAACUUGCUCAUAGGCAUGAGUCUGUGAUAGGCUGGCAACCCCAAACAGCAUCCGGAUAACUAUUAGAUUGAUUAAUUUCUUCAUCUGUCCACAUGUUGCUCUGGUAGCUGAUCACUGAACAGUCUGACCCAAAGCAUACUCUGCCAUAGCCUUGCUUUCAUCUUCAAUGUAAUUAGUAUCACGCUGCGUUAAAAUGGGCUUAAAACCGCAGCUCAGACCAAAACUUAUUAGGAAAAUGUUCAAUGAAGUAGAAAACAAAGAGAGAAGCAGAGCCAUUUUUUCCAUCUGCUUUCAUGCAGGCUUUGAUUCGCACCACUAGACUUGACCAUCGCUGGCUCUGAGAGAGACUGCAGACUGGCUUUACAAACUGAUGAAACGUGCACUCAUUUGUUUUACAGCCCAAGGUUUAGGGCUGGGUGAUAUAGGAAAAAGUUUAUCAUGAUAUUUUUUCUUCAUAUCAGUCGCUAUCGAUACAUAUCGCCAGGGGUAGCACUCAUUUUCUUUUUCCUCACCAACAGUGCUGUCAGCCCCACAUGUUAAAGUGCUCUGGUUGCGCGUAGCUGCAGCCUGCCACUAGGCGGUUAUUUGCUACUUGGUUCUAAUUCAGUGCAUGAUUGGUUCAGCGUGAAGUGGACUCAGAGUACCUCCCCUCUUCAGUGGCUUGUAUUGUCUACCAAAACAUGGCAGAAUACUGGCCAGCAAAAGUAUAUUGAUCAUGUUUUAUAUUGAUAUCAAGGUAAAUUAAUUUUUUAUAUUUAUCAUUAUUGUUUUAUCGCCCAGCCCUACCAAGGUUGAAGUUCACUCACAUAGUAUUGUAAUCACAUCACCAAACCUCAAGUCCCCAAGUGAGGAGGUCAUCUGCCUGAUAUGCGCUUACCUGUGUGAAGGUUUUUGUGGAUGUACUUUACGUAGAGAAACAGCAGGAAGAGACAGAAGCUGAUGAGCGAUGAUAUCGAGCAACACAGGAGGAAGGAGUAACUGCCCUGACUGUGGAUCACCUGCAGGGACACAUACAGUCUUUACAGUCACACUGGGUUCCUCUCCUUAGACUACCUAACACUAGUGUAGCCUCAGAACAGGUUUGUAGAGGCAGUGUUUACUUCACACUCAAAUCAUUCAGGCACAGAGAGCAGACGCACAAAUCCUGGAUGGCUUUAUUAGCCUGCAGCAAGGGAGUUAGCGGUGACAUCAAAACACUCCUGAACUGAGGUUGAGGACGAGUUUAACCACAAGAUUCUCCUUCCUCUUUAAUCAAAUCAAACGUGCAUCACUGAUCUUAUUUUCUCAUAAUAGAUUACUAGAAACCAGAAGAUAAAGAGGCAGUGGAUCAAAAAGCUCCGUACAGUAGAUGCUGAUGUAUUAUCUCAAAGACAACAUGUAGAAAUUAGCCUAAAAAUAUUAGAUUAAAAACAAAGUUAGCGAAGCACAUUCAAAGAAAGUUGGGAAACUAUUUCUUACAAAUCCAGUGAGCAGCUGCAGCAUCAUCUCUCCUGUGCUGGCACAUGUCACCAGGACUGUUGUGGCACAACCUGCAACAUGCAAGAAAAUUCGUACAUGAACUGGAGAUCAAACAUGAAUCACUCCUGGAUAAGUAAAAAGAAGGUUAGGACUGUUCCACUUAACUAUGCACACUUCUUUUUCUGCCAAUAACAAUACAGCAAAAUCCCAGAGAACUUCAAAUGUUUAGUGCCUGUCUGUGUAUGGGACAUUAAGGGGUGCUGAGAGUUUGUGUGCAUCAAACUGUGUGUUGCUUUACCUUUGUAUUCCAGUAUGUCCUCUGUGAAGGCCAGCACAGAGGGGAACACACUGCUGAUACACAAUCCCAACACACAUGUCCCGACGAAGAAGAACUCACAGCUGGUGUAGAAAAUCAACAGCAGGCACUGCACCAGUAUGACCCCCACCUGAAACACACACUGAGUGAGGAUGGCUGGAUUUUCUCUGGGAAACUCCACCAGAAAAAGAAGAACUCAUCAUGCUUGCAGAGUCCUGCUGAAGCUCAACAAAAUGCCGAAAGGAGAACGAAAGUAACAAGAGCUCUUUGGAAAUGUUAAUCCAGAAUCUAGAGGGCUGAAUAACUAGAAAAACACACAAUAACAUAUCUGAUCAUGGUUCUACUAUACACUGUAAUUUUGCAGUUUUUGUUGCAAAUGUUGUAGGGCAUGAUCAUUUCUUCAUGGAAAUGCAUUCAGACCGAGAGGCUACGGCAGAGGAACUACCGCGUCUGCAGUGCAAAAUAAAUAAUAUGGUGUUUAUUACUUCAAGGAAAUGAUAAAGAAAUUAUCAUAAAUGUUCCUCCUUGAGCUGCGUCACCCCACAACAGUCCUUAAUGGACUGGCCCGGAGGUCUCGCUUCAAACAAGCUGCUGCAGGAUAAGAGCAGGUAAGUUGUGUUUAGUCUCUUUGCUAAAGAAAUUAGGCAAAGUUAAAAAGAUGUUUGAUGGCUAGUGCUGUGGCAAGGACCCUAUAUGUACUGUUGAUGAAGUUAGGUGCUGUUCUGAGUAUUAUUUGUGGCUACAGAGUGGCUUUUUGGUUGAGUUUUAUUUAUGGCUUCUGGGACUGCUAUGUAUUGCUAUCAUGCGGUCGUUAUUAAAGUUGGUAUAACCAGAGAGACAUGCGGUCGGCAACAUCUAUCACUCUACAACAUCUAUCUGUGUUUGACCCUAACUUAAUUUUAUGCAGGAAUAACCCUUUAACACAAGGAUAGUGAUUUCAGUAAAGAUAUGAUUGUGAAAGGAAUCGUAAUCGUAAAACCUCACUCCCAGCUGCCGAAACCCGGGAUCGAACCAGGGACCUUUAGAUCUUCAGUCUAACGCUCUCCCAACUGAGCUAUUUCGGCCCAUGUCACCUCAUAUAAGGUCAUGAUUACAAAAGCAAAUGGAGUCAUCCAAGGUAACCUCAGAGGUGAAAUACCUGCAGACAUAUUUAUCUGUCACCGAGGAUGGGAUUGUUCUAUCAGCUGUUUGGUAUGUAGGUUAACAAUGAUGCCUCAUUUCCUGUUUGCUGAGAUACAAUAGGACAGGUUAAACCAGGGCACAGCUACACUGCGCCUAAGCAGCAUUAACAACAUGCAGGCUUUACUCUGCAUUCUGCACUGCUGCUCUAUCUGUGUGCAACAGUCAUGGUUUGAAUACAACUCAGAAAGCAUGUCCUACAAGCAUAAUGUUUUCUAUAAAGCUGCCUCCUCUGAAAUAUUGAGUUUUUUAACUUUAUUAAGUUCUGUGCAGGCGUUUGUUUCUUUGUGAGAGCACAACAGAAACAACAUCAAAACUGCAGAAAGACAGGACCCGAUCAUUAAAGCAGCAGAUAUCAGCUCUGCAGACCUACAGAAGCACACGUGGGAUCAAAACAUCCCAAACCUCGCCCCCAUGGGUAAGCAGCUCUAACGUUCAAGCAUCUUCUUCUCAAAAUGACAUUCGCUUGGAUAGCUCUGGUAAUAGUUAAAAAUAGUUCUCAAAGAACUCAAGGAGCAACAUUUUCUCACAUGCUUUUGUUUCUGUCCUGUUGCUUUGGUCGAGUUUCCUCAUCACAUAUCCUGCUCCCAAAACAGACAGAGCAACAGACAUCAAGUGAGUCUGUUACUACCAAGCAAAAUUGAUUUGACCUUUUUUCCUUAUCCAAAUCACAAAAUAAUAGGAUAAAUCCUCAGCUACAUUUGAAAUAAUCAAAGAAACCCUGUGCAGAGUUUAGAGGAGGAACACCAACAUUCAUGUACCACAGUAACAUGGAGUAGAACCUCUGAGCCCGUCUUCAUUUAGGGCUUAUUUGGUGUUUCAACAUUUGUGUUGUAAUAUUCAGCCUUCAGAAAAUCAAAUGUUAAAAUGACCUCAAAUCUGGUGACAUGGUCGACUCUGUGCCAAAGCUUCAAAAUGUUGAUUUAACUCUUGUGUUGUUUGUGCUGUCCCCCUUUCACACCACUAGAGGGCAGAACCGACCCUUACACGGAGUGGACCUGAGUGGACUGACAUGAUGGCUGUGGAUUCAUGAGCUGAUUUUUUUUUAUGUUACAAGUGUGAUCUCUAUUAUCCACUUUAACUUUUUUUUCUGGCAGAUAGUUUUAGAAAACGAAGACAAAGAAACUUUUUUUCCUCUGACAGUUAUAAACAGCAGGCUAAACUACUGGAGGAAUGUCCUCAGGAGUUGGUGAAACAAUAAGCAGUCUGUCUCCUCUUUAACAAGAACUUUUAAAGGUAAUGAAACCUCAAAUAUUUAUUCACAUAGUUUGUUCAGGUGUAACGCCAGCAUGGAAGUACAGAAGCAGAUUGCAAUUACCAAUAAAAAUAAAAAAAUCUCUGUCUUUCUGAAUAAUUUUUUUCUGUUCUGUUUUUCAGGGUAAAUUUUUUUUUCUGUUUUUCGGACUAAUUUUUUUUUCUGAUUUUCAGAACAUAUAUAUUUAUGUUUUUCUGACUAAUAUUUUUACUGUUUUCCAGAGUAUUUUUUCUGUUGUUUUUUUUUCAGGGUAAUUUUUUGUUUUGUUUUUCAGACUUACUGUUUUCCUAUUCUCUGGGAUCAUGAUCAUGUAACGCUUUCAUUAGAUGCUUUUAUCCCCCUCUGCUCGAUUUAUGUG